AGAGGGAGGGGAGGCGGUGACAGAAGUGGCCUCCUAGACGUGAUGGUAUUCCUUGGCUGAUGGUAUCUGCUGAACUCGGCUCGAGGAAAAACGGGUAGGUUGGUGUGUGAACGUCUGCGCAUCAUCGCCAACUUUGGGAGCUUUGGACGCAUGAUUAAAGCUUGAAGACUCGAUCGGCGGAGAUUGUGGAAAUAAUGCAAAGGAAAUCCAUGGGUUCGCAGAGUAGCGGUCCGUGAGCUUGGGAUCUAAAUCGCAGUAGGAAAAAAAAGGGAAGAAGAAAAAUCAGCUUUGAGAAAAACCGCGGACCCAAACUGUGUACAAGGUUUCAGAGCAGAAAGCAGUGGAGGAAAUCGGCCUUCUGACAUGGCUGACAACGAAGAAGGUUCUGGGCUCCAGAAAUCGCCAAAUGAUCCCGAGUCAAAAGAUUUACACGAGAGUAAAGCGGAGAAACAAAAUGGAAGCUCCAGCAAAUCUCCAUCAUCUCAAACAACGUACAUUCAACAGGGAAUGGAGGGAAUCAAAGUUUACUUACACGAACGGGAAUUGUGGAUGAAAUUCCAUGAAGUGGGAACGGAAAUGAUCAUCACUAAAGCAGGAAGGCGAAUGUUCCCGAGCUUCAAAGUGAAGGUCACUGGACUGAACCCCAAAACGAAAUACAUUCUUCUGAUGGAUGUCGUGCCAGCGGACGACCACCGCUAUAAAUUCGCCGAUAAUAAAUGGUCACUGACAGGAAAGGCAGAACCCGCAAUGCCCGGCAGGCUCUAUGUGCAUCCCGACUCUCCAGCCACAGGCGCGCACUGGAUGCGACAACUCGUCUCCUUCCAGAAACUCAAACUCACCAACAACCACCUCGAUCCUUUCGGACAUAUCAUUUUGAACUCUAUGCAUAAAUACCAACCGAGGAUCCACAUUGUAAAAGCAGAUGAAAACAACGGCUUUGGCUCCAAAAACACCGCCUUCUGCACUCAUGUGUUCCCCGAAACAUCGUUCAUUGCGGUCACGUCUUACCAGAACCACAAGAUUACUCAGCUAAAGAUUGAGAACAAUCCUUUUGCGAAGGGCUUCCGUGGCAGCGAUGAUAUGGAGCUGCACCGCAUGUCAAGAAUGCAGAGCACUAAGGAAUAUCCAGUGGUUCCCCGAAGCACAGUAAGACAAAGAGUGGGCACCAGUCAAAGUCCCUUUAGCGGUGACAUUCAGGGAAUGCCCACACCAAGCAGCAUGAGCUCUCAGUACUCAUGUGAGAACGGCGUUACCAGCACUUCCCAGGAUCUCCUGCCUCAGUCCAGCUCUUACCCAUUACCCCAUGAGCACAGCCAAGACUAUCACUGCAUCAAGAGAAAAGCUGAGGAUGACUGUCGCACAGAUCACUCCUACAAGAAGGCCUACAUGGAGAGCUCGUCUAGUGAAGAUGACCAUUAUUACCGCCCCGUCAGCUAUUCUCAAACUCUGGGCCUUUCCACUGCCUCUUAUCGGACCGAAUCUGGACAGCGGCAGGCGUGUAUGUAUGCUAGUGCUUCACAAGCCAGCGAUGCUGUUCCAAGUCUGGAAGACAUCAGCUGCAACACCUGGGCCAGUGUCUCCCCUUACAGCAGUUGUUCCAUGCAACCUAUGGAGCGGUUGCCCUACCAGCACUUCUCCGCCCAUUUCACCUCCAGCCCUCUAGUGUCCAGAUUAAGCGGAGUGGCCAGCCAUGCCUCACCCCAGCUGAGUGAUGCCCAUGCUAUGUACCAGGGCUCAAUGCCCCACCAGACUCUCGGUCGUCAGUGUAGCCCUGGAGCAGGAAUCCAGUCACCCAGCGCUAGCCUGCAGGGAAACGAGUACUUGUACACCCAUGGUAUUCCUCGCACCCUAUCGCCUCACCAGUAUCAUGCUGUCCACAGUGUUAGCAUCAUGCCUGAAUGGAAUGAAGGCAGCUAACUGGAUUCUCAUACAUUACAUACAGUGUUGGAGUUGCACACACACACACAGGCAUAUGUGUAUAUUUAUAUUUUGAAGCUCUUCACUACACCAGCAGUCAUGUGAAUUUGUCAUCAAUUUUGGACACCAAUGUUAACCAACUGUUUGGAUGGAUGAUAAAUAGGUUUGAAUAGCAUUUGAUGUCUGAACAGUCUAGUGUGAAAACAAAUGUAUUCAUACUAUGGGAAUUUUUUUUAACCAUGUUUUGUAAAUUGUAUUUUGUAUUCUGUAAAUCAGAGGUGAAGUUAUGCCACAUAAAUCAGAGGACGCACUUGGGACUACACCGAUUUUAUAUACUUUUGAAAAAAAAACAAGCUAACCAAAAAAACUAAAAUAGAAAAGUCCAUUUUAAUAGUAUUUUUUCUCUUUAACUUUGUGUUAAUUUUGUUUCUUUACUCAGAAGUCCAAGAUACAUGAAUGUCGUGUUUAAUCUGCAUUCCACCAGUUCCACCUUUUAAAAAUGUUUUUACAUUUUUUAAAGUGCAUUUAUUUAUGUCAAAUUCACAAAUUCAGUUUGGAGUACUGACAUUUAGUGGGUGCAAAUAGAUGCACUAAGUAGUUUUACAGAUUCAAGCUUAUGGUACAUAUUUCUAGCUCUGCCUAAGUAGCUGUUGCAAAAAUAUUUUCAACACAUUUCAUACAGAUGCAACGUACCACGUGCCAUACCCUGUAAUCUCUAUUUAAUGGAUUACUUAAUUACUUUUUAAUAGCACUAUUACAGCUAAUUCUAGCAGUCAAGCACCAGUUGAUCCUUUCUAACAAAAAAUAUAAAAGGAUGAAAUCCUUUUGAAAUGGUUAAAGAUGCAGUACUCUGAACUACAUGCACCCAAAAUGUAAGUAGAUAUGACAAAAUGACGUUUCUAAAAAUAAUUUACAAAAUAAUCUUCCAAAAAUGUAAAGCAAAAUUGUUAAAGGUGAAUGUCCAUAGGGAAUUAUGGUGUACAGUCACUACAGUUCCUCCUGUUAAUAGUAUUUAUUUUUCAUUAUUAUGAAGCCUAUCAGUGUUUUAUCUGUAAUAUUUGUUUGUUUGUCUUUUUAAGUAUGUAAGUUUAACUUGGAUUCUUUUCUUUUCUUUAGGAACAAAAACAGACUGUUUUUAGAUAUUGACUGACACCUGAUUGCUAGGUGACAGAAGGACAAUUUUAGGAAACAAUUUAAAAAGAAUUUGUAAAUAAAAAUACAAAUGUACAUAGAAAACAGAAUGGAAAUAAAUCUAAAUGGUGUACUUUGAAUUUGCAGGUUUGAUUUGCACAUUAGAACCAGGAUCUAUUGCAAUAGAACCAGGAACAUGCAAUUAUCCUAAUUAUACAACUAAGCAGUUGAGGGUUAAAGGCCUUGCUCAAGGGCCCCAAGUGGAUUUAAACUCUAUUCAAAGAUCCAACAUCUUAAUACUGAGCUACACCUUCCCACUACAAAUGCAUGAUUACUUUAAACUACAUUUAACCCUUACUUCUGUGAAUAUAUAGCCACUCAAGACUCGGAUUACUUUUUGGUAUUGUGAAUUGGUCUUUUUGCUUUUUUUACCUUUAAUGCUAUUUGCUUGAUGAUAGUCCCAGCAUAAGUUUGUCCCUACCCAAAGUCUGUGAUGCAACUAUGCUUUAUUCCUUUAGUGUCUCAUCCAGAUCUCUCAUCUUCUCAUCUGUACACUUAGUCAAAGUGUGCAGAAUGUUCCAAAACUUUAAUUUUCAUGUCAAUACAGCCAUCAACACCCGCACACUUGCCACCUCAAAUAUGCUAAUUAGUCAAGCAGAGUGACUGCCUCAGCGACAUAAUAUAGUUCCAAGAAAUUCUGGAAACUUUGAGAACAACAUUUGUAUCAAUGUUUCCACUACUUCUACUUGAGAUUUUUUAUUUAUAUAAAUGAUACUAGAACAUCGUGAGCGAGAACAGAAAGAUGUAUUUAGUAAUAGGGUGAGUAAUUGAGAAAGGUGAGAACAUUUCCAGUGGGCUAACACUGGUCAUUUGUUGGGGAAAGAGGCAAUAAAUAUCAAACCAAAUUUUGUAAGUGAAGUAGCAUUCCAAGAAGAAUGGUCCAAUUUUGAUCCAGUGAUUUAUAAUAAAACUGCUCCUUAUAGAUCUGUGAUUUGAUUCAACAUGUUGAUUUUGACAUGACCUAAUAAUGGGUAAAAUAAAGAAUUAAUCAAUUUUAAAACAUUGCAUUAAAACGAUAAGUAAACUAUCCUAGAAGUAAUUUUAAUUGUUUAAAAAAAAAUAUUUUCCAAAUUCCUCUUAACAUCAGCAACAUCUAGAACAAUCUGACCAAUCAAAUGACAAUAUAACAUUCAUUCAGGCAGUCCUUUCCAAGAAUUGAGGCUUGAGGCUUGAAAAAACAAUGAAAUAAUCGGGAAAAGCAAAACUCUGGAAUUCCAAAAAUCCAAUGUACCACACUCACUGUUCUGUUUAGAGUUAAAUUUACCUUGAAGUAAAGGCCCUGUUGUUGAGGACAGCUUUCACCACCCUUGAAAUCACCACUACUAUUACCACCAAUUAUAUCACUACUAACACCACCAUUACCACACCACCACCCAUUAAACUGCUACCACUAUUGCCAUUACCAUUACUACUACUACUACUACUACUACUACUACUACUACUACUACUACCGCCAUCACACUACUAUUUCCACCAAUAAUAUUACUACUAACAGCAUCGUUAUAAUAGAAUAGCCUUUAUUUGUCACAUAUACAUUAAAGCACAGUGAAAUCCGUUCUUAGCAUA